AGGAUGACCACUGUACGCGGGCAGGAUGUGCGCUGGAACGGCGCUAGAAUAGGCGGGCGGGUUGAUGGAUGAUCCCCUCUGCAGUCAGUUGGCUGCUAGUGCCACUGCCACAAGGGCUUGGCUACUGGCUGCUAGCUGCUAUAAGAGUACUUAGUGGUGCUGGGCUGCUGCUGAUUCACCCGCCCCCUGUUGCUGGCUGGCUGCCCGCCCCAGUUUGUUCCCGCGAUCUCAGUGUGUCUGUCGCCUGUCUUUCUCACCCCAUCCCAAUCCUUUCUCCCUGCAAUUUUUUUGUCAUCAUCAUCAGCACCACCACGACAUCCGCCUCGCCCGCCAGCCGCCCUCUUCACCAUCGUCGCCGACUCUCCGACACCUCUUCGAUUGUCUGUCGCUCUCUCCGCAAAACAAAAGUCCCGCUGCGGCAGCCGUCUCUGCGUUUUCCCCCCUUGCGGACAAUCCGCCUCCUUCGUCCCGACUCACCCUCCGCCUUUCACCAGCGCCCAUCGCUUCGCCAUUUUUUUCCUGCUUCCAUCGAAAGCGUCGCUUCAUUGCGUCGCAAUCUCGCCGAAAUGGCUGACAGCGACAAUGAAAAGAGCCGCGCCCCCUACCAUCCCGGGGCAGACCAAGCCGCCGUCCACGCUUCGGGAAGCGACGCCCAUGAUGAAUCGGCCCGCGCUCGCCUCCCCAACGACGAGGCCAUUGCCAUGAAGUCCGAAGCCAGCACAAAUACCGAACCCUUUGCCUACGAGGAAGAAGAUGAACGAGAUUUUGUCGAUACCGCCGCCACCGAGCACGACCUCAACGUAACAGAAGACGAUCUCCUCGAAGCAAACGAAAUCGCCUCGCAAUAUACCCUCGAGCAGGUCCGCGACAUCAUGGUGCGCGUCUACAAAAUCCACCGAACAGACCCCAACUUCCCCUCGUCCGUCAUUCGCAAAAUCGCCCUUUUUCUGGAGAAUGAAGACGUCUUCAAGCAGCCCGGCCGCCACCAGCUGCUGAUUCAGGAAAUGAAACUCGAGGCCGCCCUUGUCACCAGCAACAGCCCCUACGCCGAAGUCCGCGCCGUCGUCAGCAACAAGGACGAUCCCAAGAUUCUCAGCUCCACGAUCCGAACAUGGGUUAUUGGCCUCGUCUUUGGCGCCAUACUCGCCUUCAUCAACCAGCUCUUUGAUAUUCGCCAGCCUGCCAUUCGCGUCAUGGCCAAUGUCGCCCAGCUGCUCGCAUAUCCCAUUGGCAAAGCCGCCGAACAAUGGCUGCCCGACUACGGGUUUACUCUCUUUGGCAUCCGCCACAGUCUCAACCCGGGGCCGUUUACACGAAAAGAGCACAUGCUCAUUACGAUUAUGGCCAACGUUGCCUACAACACGCCCUAUACAAACUACAUCAUCUGGGUCCAGUAUCUGCCCCAGUACUUUAACCAGGGCUAUGCCUCUCACUUUGCCUACCAGAUCCUGAUCGCCCUCUCGACAAACUUUAUCGGCUAUGGUAUCGCUGGUGUCUGCCGCCGCUUUCUCGUCUACCCGUCCUUUUGCGUCUGGCCCGCCUCGCUCGUCACCAUUGCCCUCAACUCGGCCUUCCAUACUGGUGCUAACCCGCCAGUGGCUGGACCCUUUCGCAAGAUUUGGCGCAUCUCUCGCCUCAAAUUCUUCUACAUUAUGUUUGUUGCCAUGUUUAUCUGGUUCUGGUUCCCCAACUACAUCUUCACCGCCCUGUCCAAGUUCAACUGGAUCAGCUGGAUCUCGCCAGACCACCGCAACCUCAACAUUAUUACGGGCAUCAACAACGGCCUCGGCAUGAACCCGUUCCCUACCUUUGACUGGAACGUCCUGCUCUGGGACUCGGCUGACCCCCUCAUGGUCCCCUUCUUCAGCACCCUCAACCGCUUCAUUGGCGCCUUCAUCUCCUUUUGGGUGGUGCUCGCCUUCUUCUACAAGAACGUCUACAACACAGGCUACAUCCCCAUCAACUCGAACCGUGUGUGGAACCGCUUUGGCGACAUUUACAACAUUUCCAAGGUGGUCAACAAGCACGGCAUCUUCAACGCUACGAAAUACAACAACUACUCGCCACCGUACCUUAGUGCCGGCAAUGUCGUCAUCUACAUGUUUUUCUUUGGCAUCUACACCUCCACGCUCACCUACACCAUCCUCUACCACCACAACGAAAUCGCCAUGGGCUUCAAGGCCCUCUGGAUCAACUUCCGCGAAUCUGUUUCGGAUCUCUACCACAAGACGGUCCGUACGGCCCUGCCUAAGCGCUCGCGCGCACCGCCACCUCCAGAGGACAACAUUGUCGACGUUCAUAAUCGCCUGAUGCAGGCGUAUCCCGAAGUGCCCGGCUGGUGGUACCUUACAUGCUUGGCCUGCGCUAUUGGCCUGGGUGUCGCGGCUGUCAAGGGCUGGGAAACACAAACAACUGUCGGUGUUGUAUUUUACGGUCUGGCAUUGUGUCUGGUGUUUGUCAUUCCCGUGGGCAUCAUCAAGGCCAUGACGGGUAUCGAAGUCACGCUCAACGUCUUGGCCGAAUUUAUUGGUGGUUCGUGGGUUGACGGCAACGCGCUGGCCAUGAACUACUUUAAGUCGUUUGGCUACGUGACGUGCGCGCACGCCGUCUGGUUCUGUAAUGACUUGAAGCUGGCUCACUACGUCAAGAUCCCGCCCCGACAGACCUUUGCGGCGCAGAUGGUGGCCACGUUUGUCAGCACCCUGGUGUGCGUCGGUGUGCUCAACUUCCAGCUGGUGCACAUUAAAAACGUCUGCACAGAAGAGGCCAAGUUUAAGCUGACAUGUCCUGGCGUCAACACCUUCUUCACCUCGUCUGUUCUCUGGGGCACUGUCGGUCCAACGCGCACCUUUGGCCACUCAGGCCAGUACAGCGAGAUGCUGGUCGGCUUCCCUCUCGGUGUUGUCGUUGUAGUGGUCAUCUGGCUACUCAACCGCAAGUUCCCGCACUGGGCGUGGACACGCCAGAUCCAUCCCGUGGCCCUCAUGUACGGUGGCAUUGUCUGGGCACCAUACAACAUGUCGUAUAUCUGGCCAUCGGUGCCCAUUGCGUACUUUUCGUGGAUCUACCUCAAGUCGCGCUACGUCGGCCUGUGGUCCAAGUACAACUUUGUGCUCUCUGCCGCAUGGUCGUGUGGUAUUGCCAUUGCCGGCAUCAUCAUCUUCUUUGGCCUGCAGUACCGCGAGACCGAGUUCAAGUGGUGGGGAAACACCGUCUCCGACACGGGCUGCGAGGACAAUGCCUGCACGCUGUAUGAUAUUGAUCCGCCACAAUUCUUUGGCCCCGAUAAGUGGAAUUAAAAAAGAGCUUCUCUUUCCUGCAAGUUGACAAGCAAAGAACCUUCUUGCCUCCUGAAGCUAUAGCCGAACAGAGAAGAGAAGAGGCGCAACAUGGGGCGUACAUUUUAUUUUUGGAGAGGAGCAAGGGAAAACACGUUAUCUUUUUUAUCUAUCAUCGCUGCGGCGUUUUAUGUUUGGCUGGUUGGUUGGCGAUACACUUUGGAAUUUUCCUUUUCUUGGCGUUUUUAUAUGGGAAGUUAUAAUGGCUGGCUGAUGUUGCCGACAAAACGUUUUUCUUUUUCUUCCUCUUUCUUUUAUAGCAUACAUAGUAGUCAUCUCCUAGAUGAUCUUGGACACGCACCACAUAGUUGUACAUGUACAAAAAGACAGUUAUAUUUUAUAUGUCCCCUUUUCACUAUUACCAAGAGUCAUAUCGACAUCUUUUACAUUAACUACCUCAAUCUCGUUCCUCGAUUCACCAACUCUUUCGCUUCGCCUUUUAAUUAUCAAUCUGUGUAGAGACAGCGCACAACUUAGGCCUUAAUUUUGGCUUCAAUCGCCGUCUUGGCCUCAUCUUCAGCCUUCAAGAAGAACUUCCUCGCGUCCUCGAUGCGAUGGCUCACCAGCGCAUCGCUGCGAAUAUACUCGUCCAGCGCCUUGCCAUUAUCUGCGACAUAGUCUGUCGCCAUGGACGCCGUGACGCCGUUCCACUCGCCGCUGGCCAGCGGAUCUGUCUUUUCUAGCGCGGCGUACUUCUCGGGAGUCUUCCACCCG